AUGGUUGUCGUGGGCCGUAAGGAUUUGGCUAUAGUCGAGUGGCUAUUCUCGCACUUCUCGGAUUUUGAAGUGCCUGUAUUUGUAGUUGCUGCCAGCGCGGGCAGUCUACCAAUACUACAAUUUUUUAUGACUAAUGAUGCCAGUCGUGAUGAAAGAGAUGUCAAGGGUCAGAAGAAGAGAAAAGUGGAGGCAAAUGACGGCGAGAUUAAGGCAGAAAAGCAGAAGCCAAGUACAGCUGGAAGUCACGUGGUUCACUGGGGUGUAGACGUAAUGAUGGUCGCGAUCGAGACUGGUGACCCGGAAGUUGUGCAGUGGCUACACGAAAAUACGCCACACGGUGAGAUGAAUGGGAUGUUGACCGAAUGA